AUGCGACCAAUAGAAGAGGAAACGAAAAAGGACAUACAGCUGUAUUACACGAUCCGCAGUGAUUCACAUCAGUCGUCAGAUCCUUGCAGGUCCCACCACAACAAGCAGGCAACACACCCGUACAAGGUGCCGCACUGCAAGAACCACAAUUCCGGCUGGGUGCCAGUGCACGGUAAAGCAAGACAAGAGCCACAGCGAUUAGCAUCCGAAUUCAAAUCCACACAUGUCCCGGAACAACAAGCUGGUUUAACACCAACACACGGCGUCUUCGAGCAAGAACCACAGUGGUUGACGUCUGUGGAGAGAUCUGUGCACGCGCCAUUACAGCACGCCGGAUUCAGCCCUACGCAUGGGAGAGCUGUGCACGAGCCGCAGUGUCCCAAGUCUACGCUGAGAUCUAUGCAGGUACCACCACAACAUGCUGGUCUGGUGCCCGUACACUAG